AUCAUGACGUUGGGGGUUUCGGGUGGGGAAAGGGAUGGGAGUUAGGGUGGUUUGGGGUUGGGGAAUUCAAGUUUUGGGCGGUUUCGUUGGUGGGGCUGGGGCGGGGGAUCUAUUGCGCUCAUGUGGCUCUGGAAGGAGGGUGGUUUCGUUGGUGGUGCAGGGGGAGGGGGUGGCUGUCGGGGCUGGGUUUGGGAAUGGCUGUCGAGCUAGGUGGGGAAUUGUUUAAUUAAUUUUUUUUAUUUUAGGGUUUUUGAAUUUAAUUAGAUAAUUGAAUUUAUUUUAGAUUUUGGGGUUUCAUUGUUGUAUUAUCGAAGUUAAUAUGUUGGAUUUUAGGGAUUUUUGGGUCAAAUACCUAGCGACAAACUCCUAUGUUCCUUCACUGGAACGCAGUAAAGAGAUAGAGUGCAGUGUGUGCUUAGAACGUGUGCUCGCUAAGACAGCAGCCUCUGAACGGAAGUUUGGUUUGCUAUCAGAAUCUGACCACCCAUUUUGUAUAACUUGCAUCAGAUUUUGGCGUAACAGCUCACCAACCUCUGGAAUGGAUGUUAAUUCCACAUUGAGGGCUUGUCCUAUAUGUCGUAACAGCUACAGUGGAAUCACAGAAAUCGCAGCCUCUUUCUCCUUAUACUGCAUAUGAAGACUUGAAGCCCCCUACUUCGCCAACCCCAACAACUCCUAAUUCAUUGGCCACUUCCAUGGCCUCGGAUGGUGCUGAAUCUCAGACAGCUAGCUUGUCAAAUAAUGGUCCAGUUGAAUAUAUUGAAGCAUAAGAUGCAGGGAAUGAGCAGACUUCCGCACAGCCAAAGCCAAGACCAUUUCACCAUAUACAAUGUAAGUCAGUCAACAUUCAAUCUUUCUUUCUUUUUUUUCCCGAAUAUUUUCUGUUUACCAUUUCAAUGGAUAAGAGGUUUCUCAUCUUGCUGGAAUACUAAACUGAAUAUGCACACGUAUAGUUGUAUUGUCCUGAGAGCAGAAUUCCAGUCUUUCUUUUUGGAAAUGGUGGU